CAGAGAGUUGAGGGCUGUGAGCUGGAGGAGAGUGAAUUCUGCUCUGUUCAUGAGCUGCAGAAGGCACCAAUGGAGAAUAAAACAGCAAUCAGCAAUGUCCUGAAAAGGAACCUCAGAAGAUUCCUGGGUGAAUGGUUCAGCUCCCAUCCUGUGCUCACGGCGGUGCUGAUUCUGCUGCUCCUGGUGCUGGUGCUGGCUUUGGGGGUGGCCUUGGCUGUGCAGUCAGCACCACAGGUUCCAGUCACACCUGCGACUGCGCAGUUGGUUCUGGGCUGUCCCCAUGGCUGGGUUGGGUCCAAUGGGGUCUGCUACUACCUGUCAAGGGAUUCCAGGAGCUGGGAGCAGGCUCAGGAACGGUGCUCCGAGCUCGGGGCCUCCCUGGCCAUUCUCAAGGAUGAGGCCAUGGAUUUGCUCUUCCGCCUCCGCGGGAACGUGGAUUACUGGAUCGGGCUGCGCAGGCGGGGCGAGCGCCUGCACUGGGGGGACGGCAGCAGCUACAGCUCCAGGUCAGAUUAUAUCCAGGCAGGAGUGCUUGGCUUCUCCCUCUGAGUGGAGCAACUCCCCAUGGGAUGAUGGAAUUUUAUCAGCCAUACAGGGACACUCACUUCCCGUGAACAGAAGAGAUCUCCUGGAGGGGGAUUGGUUGUGGAAGAGAUAAAGAAAAACUACCCAAUGAACAGAAGAGAACUGCCUCACCUCUAAGAGAUGGGAAUAGAAUACCCCUAUUUCCAACCUAAGAUACCUGGGAACCAGCGCUGUCUCUGCUCCUCCCUGCAGCUUUCCUGUCUUUGGCAGUUCCCAGUGUGUGUACCUGGCUGAGAACAGAUUCAGGAGUGAGAACUGCUCAAACGAGCGGCCGUAUGUCUGCAGCAAGGCCCAAGCUGCCCUGUGACAGGGCUGCAGAAAGGACCUUGUCCACGCUGGGCAGUGCCAGCUCCAGCUGUGAGCCCAGCACAGCGCUGUCCUUCCUCAGCUGCACCCUGUGCCUUGCACUGACUCUCAGGGUCACCUCAGUGCCUGUUCAUCCCCAGUGCCAGCGCUGGGCUGGGUGCUCAGGGGAAAAGUCUCUGCUGUACAUCCUGCCACUGGUGCUGCCUGCAGUGAGUGGAUUGUCCUCAUUAUUUGUGAGAAACACGGUUCUCUAUUAAAAAUUUUUAUAUUUCUUUAUUAAGGGAUAAAAGGGAUAAAAUCCCACUUUGGUAUGAUUGGUUAUUUGAACAGAGUGAACUUAAAUUAUAUUCUCUUUAGACACUAUAGAGUGUCUUCCUGCCAUCUUGUCUAUUAAACUAAGAUUUUUUUUUUGUCUUGUGGUUCUAUUUUGUACAUUUUCAUUCCCUGAUAACGAGGGCCUGUAAAUUCCUCUUUUUUCUUUUUUUUUUCCCUCUGUCUUCUCUUUCCAAGAUCUUGUCUUUCAGAUAAAAUAGUCCCUGAAUGUGGGAACUCCCUUAAUUAUUUUACACCUUUUUCUGAGUUAGUUACAUUAAAAAAAUAAUUUCAACA